AUGUUGUUAGCCCAAAUAAAUCGAGAUUCUCAGGGAAUGACAGAGUUUCCUGGUGGAGGAAUGGAAGCUCAGCAUGUCACUCUGUGCCUCACGGAAGCAGUAACCGUGGCAGAUGGUGACAAUUUAGAAAAUAUGGAAGGUGUGAGCUUGCAAGCAGUAACACUUGCAGAUGGUUCUACUGCUUACAUACAACACAAUUCUAAAGAUGGAAAACUCAUAGAUGGCCAAGUCAUUCAGUUGGAAGACGGUUCUGCUGCCUAUGUUCAGCAUGUCCCCAUACCAAAAAGUACAGGGGACAGUUUGCGUCUAGAGGAUGGUCAAGCAGUGCAGUUAGAAGAUGGGACUACAGCAUUUAUUCACCAUGCCUCCAAAGAUAGUUAUGACCAGAGCGCAUUACAAGCAGUUCAGCUGGAAGAUGGCACCACAGCUUACAUCCACCAUGCAGUGCAAGUCCCCCAGUCUGACACAAUCUUGGCAAUUCAGGCUGAUGGGACAGUGGCAGGUCUGCACACUGGGGAUGCGACCAUUGACCCUGACACCAUCAGUGCUUUGGAACAGUAUGCAGCAAAGGUUUCCAUUGAAGGAAGUGAAAGUGUAACAAGCACAGGAAUGAUAGGAGAAAAUGAGCAGGAGAAAAAAAUGCAGAUUGUCUUACAGGGACAUGCAACAAGAGUAACUGCUAAGUCUCAACAGAGUGGAGAGAAAGCAUUUCGAUGUGAAUAUGAUGGUUGUGGAAAAUUAUAUACAACAGCUCAUCAUCUUAAGGUUCAUGAGAGGUCACACACAGGGGACCGGCCCUAUCAGUGUGAGCAUUCUGGCUGUGGGAAAGCAUUUGCCACAGGUUAUGGACUAAAAAGUCAUUUCAGAACUCACACAGGAGAAAAGCCAUAUCGGUGUUCAGAAGAUAAUUGUACUAAAUCUUUCAAAACUUCAGGAGAUCUCCAGAAACAUAUCAGAACUCAUACAGGAGAAAGGCCCUUUAAAUGUCACUUUGAAGGCUGUGGUCGAUCCUUUACAACGUCAAAUAUCAGAAAAGUACAUAUUAGGACACAUACAGGAGAAAGACCUUACUACUGCACAGAACCUGGAUGUGGGAGAGCAUUUGCCAGUGCAACCAAUUAUAAAAAUCAUGUGCGGAUACACACAGGGGAAAAGCCAUAUGUUUGCACAGUCCCUGGAUGUGACAAAAGGUUUACAGAAUAUUCCAGUUUAUACAAACACCACGUUGUUCACACUCACUCCAAACCAUACAACUGCAACCACUGUGGAAAGACAUAUAAACAGAUCUCCACACUGGCGAUGCACAAACGGACCGCCCACAACGACACGGAGCCCAUUGAGGAGGAGCAGGAAGCCUUCUUUGAGCCUCCCCCAGGUCAAGGUGAAGAUGUUCUUAAAGGGCCCCAGAUCACAUAUGUUACAGGUGUAGAAGGAGAGGAUGUUGUGUCUGCACAAGUAGCCACAGUAACCCAGUCUGGGUUGAGUCAGCAAGUUACACUCAUAUCCCAGGAUGGGACACAGCAUGUCAAUAUAUCUCAAGCUGACAUGCAAGCCAUUGGCAAUACUAUUACUAUGGUAACGCAAGAUGGCACGCCCAUCACAGUCCCUGCUCAUGACGCAGUUAUCUCUUCAGCAGGAACACACUCUGUUGCCAUGGUUACCGCUGAGGGUACGGAAGGCCAGCAGGUUGCAAUUGUGGCUCAGGAUUUAGCAGCAUUCCAUACUGCCUCAUCAGAAAUAGGACACCAGCAGCAUAGCCAUCACCUAGUAACCACAGAAACCAGACCUCUGACCCUAGUGGCGACAUCCAAUGGCACCCAGAUUGCAGUACAGCUUGGAGAACAGCCAUCUUUGGAAGAAGCCAUCAGAAUAGCAUCCAGGAUCCAACAGGGAGAAACGCCAGGGUUGGAUGAUUAAUCCUCAGAACAAAAGAGCAAUAAAGCAGGAGGAGUCUUUCGUCUUCUGGCAGCAGAGAUCCACGAUGCCCGGCCCCGGAAAAUUAGAAUUUUUCCAUUCCCUGAUGUACUGUACACAUUUUUACACAAGAAUGGAGAACAUUUUACUCUCCACACUUUUGUGUAUAUAACUCUUUGAAUAGAUUCCCAAAUGGAAUGUGUAUGGGAAGUAUGAAAUUAGGGCACUGCAGUAAAUUUUCAUGUUACUCUUCUAUCAGCUUACAAACUCCUGGAGUCUACAUGUAAGACCACUGCAGUUUUAUGGAGUAUUAUGAUGGAUUUUUAACUUAACUGUGAAAUGUCAAGGGUUCUAUACAUCAAACAAUCAUAAUUCCAAAAGCCAUCAUGGAUAAUAAAGAAUGUAAAGCCUUCAGAUAUUUCCC